AGUCGCACGGAUUGUUAUUACCCGAGCUCAAAUUCUCCCUAUUGCAACGGUGAAAAACGAUGCUGUUUUAUUUUCCUCCUGUUUUUCUCCUGCAUGUCUUUUCAUUCCUUGAUUGCCCAUUAUCUGCAUAGUCUGUGGCUCCAUGUGGUGGCCGUCUGCGGGAUAAUGCAUCCGCUGGGGAAGCGUCGUGAGGAGCAGCGCGAUACCAUGUUCAGCCAGCUGAACAGGAAAGUCAAACAGUCCAAGCAUCAUCUGCACCACAACGGGGACGAGAAGAACGGCCUGACGACGACCCUGGUGAAGAACGGCGCCAGUGUGGAAGAUGCUUGUCAUUCCCUGAUUAAUCGCACCCUGCCACGUGAACUUAUCCUGAAAAUCUUCUUCCUGGAUCUGGUGGCCCUCUGCCGAUGCGCGAGAGUCUGUAAGUACUGGAAUGUCCUGGCCCAUGAUGGCAGUAUAUGGCAGGACGUGGAUCUCUUCGAAUUUCAACGUGAUGUUCAGAGUCCGGUGAUAGAGAAUAUUGCCCGCCGUUGCGGGCUCUUCCUGAAACGGUUGAACCUCCGCGGCUGCCAGCAUCUCUCCGACGAGGCCCUGCGCAGUUUCGCCUUCUUCUGCAAGAACAUCGAGGUGCUGGUGCUGCAGGAGUGCCGGAAGCUGACGGACGAGACCUGCCGGGCGCUGAGCAGUCAUUGCACGCGGCUGCGCCGACUCAACAUGGACUCGUGCGUGCUGAUCAGCGACGAGGGCCUGCAGCGCAUCGCCGACGGCUGUUCGCAUCUGCAGGACGUCAACAUGUCCUGGUGCGACCGCAUCACCCAACAGGGCAUCCAGUAUUUGGCACAACAUUGUAAAAAUUUGCGGACAUUCGUGGCCAAAGGAUGCAACGGCGUGAAUGACGAGGCGGUGCGCGCUCUAGCUGACCAUUGUCCGCGAUUACGGGUGCUGAACCUGAACAACUGCGCCCAGGUGACGGACCUGGGCAUCCAGCAGAUCGGGAAGCAGUGCCCCGAAUUAGAGUACAUCUCUCUGUCCAACUGCCUGCGCAUCAGCGACGACGCCCUCGUAGCUUUAUCCCACGGCUGCCCCAAAUUGCAGUGCGUGGAAUUAUCCGGCUGCAACCAACUGACGGACGCCGGGUUCGCCGCCCUCCUGCGCAUGUGCCCGGAUCUGCACUGUCUGGACAUGGAGGAGUGCCUGCACAUCACCGACUCCACGCUGAGCCACAUCGCCGCCAGCUGCCAUAAAAUGGAGCGACUGUGUCUUUCCCAUUGUGAAUUGUUGUCGGACGAGGGCAUCCAGAGUCUGGCGCGCAGUCCGGCGGCGCAGAACGGGUACCUGAAGGUGCUGGAGCUGGAUAACUGCCCGCUGGUGACGGAUGCGGCGCUGGAUGCGUUGAGGGAGUGUCUCAGUCUGCAGCGCAUCGAUCUCUACGACUGCCAGCAGGUGACGCGGGGCGGGAUCCGGCGCCUGAAGAGCAGUCUGCGCGGCGCCAACAUCCACGCCUACUUCGCGCCCAUCACCCCGCCGCCCAACGCGGCGGGUCCGCGGCAGCGCAUCUGUCGCUGCUGCGCGAUUCUGUGACCGACGAAUCCUUACCUGUUUGGCGCUGUCGUUCCUCUUUUUACUGGGGAGCGGUGAAAUUUGGAUCUUCCCGGCAGGAAAGCGGAGGAUUAUUGAAGCGGUGCUUUCUGUGUUGUAAGCGGGGGUCGGUGGAGUUUUUGUAUAGAAUUUCUUUCAACCGUGUUAGUUUUCAGAAUGUUGAUUGUUUGUUUUUUGUUUUGACUGUUUUAAUUCUUCAACCCGAAGUCUCGUCGCGGUGGACGCUUAAUCAAGCGUGUCUGGAAAUAUGCUUUCUCGGUUGUAAUCUGCUGGUUGGUUCAGUUUUGCCGGUUUUCUUGAUUUUAGCUGCUCGUGUUAACGGUUGCCGCGUUCGGCGUUGCGUUGCUGGUUUUUAAUUUCCAUGUGUUUUUGAUUAUGUUUUACAAUUUUCAGAUUUUAGAAAUAAAUUAUACUGAAUGAAA